UAAUCUAGACCGCUGUGGAUUCAGGGGAUCUUCACACCUGGGAAUCCCUUAUAAUCAAUCAAAGGAUAAUGGUUCACAUCAUUUAUAUGAUAGUGGUCACAUAGCCAUGACAUAUACUGGUUUAGCUAGCCUAGUGAUCCUCGGAGAUGAUCUGAAACGGGUAAAUAAGGAAGCAUGUCUGGCAGGGCUUGGAGCCCUUCAACUGGAAGAUGGCAGUUUCUAUGCAGUGCCAGAAGGAAGUGAAAAUGACAUGAGAUUUGUGUAUUGUGCCACUUGUAUCUGCUAUAUGCUUAAUGAUUGGUCAGGAAUGAAUACACAGAAAGCCAUAGAAUAUAUUAGGAAAAGCAUGUCAUAUGACAGUGGCCUUGCUCAGGGAGCUGGACUGGAAUCGCAUGGUAAGUGAUAAACAAUUUUUCAAAUAUAAAAUUAUCAGCCCAUUUGUCUCCUGUUCUACUCCUAAACAUUGAUAUAAUGAAAUUUGG